UUCCGGCCUGCGUCAACUUCCGGGUUACUGUCAUUCCCGGAAGAGAAGGAAUAUUUACUUGACACGAAUGUCAGCGAAUAUUUUGGAUUCAAGUCAUCUGGAGAGUUAAAUCAUCGAGCAGCAACAUGGCGACCACCAUCAGCACCCAGCGGGGACAAGUAUACGUGGGCGAGCUUCCUCAGGACUUCCUGCGCAUCACUCCCACGCAGCAGCAACAGCAGGUGCAGAUGGACGCGCAUGCCGCCCGCCAGCUGCAGUACGGCGGCGCCAUCGGCACCGUGGGACGCCUGAGCAUCACCGUGGUGCAGGCCAAGCUGGCCAAGAAUUACGGGAUGACACGGAUGGAUCCGUACUGUCGCAUCCGCUUGGGCUAUGCUGUGUACGAGACACCCACGGCUCACAACGGCGCCAAGAACCCGCGCUGGAACAAAGUGAUCCAGUGCACGGUGCCCCCUGGGGUGGACUCCUUCUAUUUGGAGAUCUUUGACGAGAGGGCGUUCUCCAUGGACGACCGCAUCGCGUGGACGCACGUCACCAUUCCCGAGGGCCUGCGGGAGGGCAGCGUGGUGGAUGAGUGGUUCACGCUCAGCGGCCGGCAGGGAGACGACAAGGAGGGCAUGAUCAACCUGGUCAUGUCUUUCUCUUCCUUCCCGGCAGGAAUGAUGCCUCAGCCGGUGGUCCUGAUGCCUUCUGUCUAUCAGCAAGGCGUCGGCUACGUGCCCAUCACAGGGGUGCCCGCGGUCUACAAUCAAGGCGUGUUGCCUGUGGCGGUGCCGGGGGCGGUGCCGACCAGCGGCGUCCCAGUUGCGGCGUAUAGCGAGGAGGACCUCAAGGCUCUGCAGGACAUGUUCCCAAACCUGGACCAGGAGGUGGUGCGCACGGUGCUGGAGGCUCAGCAGGGCAACAAGGACGCCGCCAUCAACUCGCUGCUGCAGAUGGCCGAGGAGCUCUAACAGCGACCACAGCCCCCCCCCACCCCGCAGGUCGCCUUCACGCCCUCGUCUGCUCCCUCUCCCGUUACUCCCACGCAUCGCCAUCAUAGACAGGUGUUUUUUUUUAGCAGCGGUGUCCAUGACGGCGGAAAUGUCCUCUCAUGUAAGAAAGAAAAAAAAGACUUGGUGGGAGGAGAUGCGCUCAGCCUUUCCACAGCAACGCCCUGCAUGUCACAUGACCUGCCCCCAGCCAAUCAGCUGCCUGGAGGAGCCACCCGUCACGUUAGCUCGUGCUAAAGUAGAAAGAUGCUAAUCACUGUUGACCAAAAGUGAGCUGUUUAUAUUUUGUUCUGAUCACUUCGGACUUUGGACCCCACACCAAACGUUUCUUUAGGGCCUCCUCCUGAAAGUGUCAGCUUUAUAUGUAAUUGUAAAAAAUAAAGAUAUAUACACGAAGACGUCAACAA